CGCCCGGGGGGCGGGGACUGAGGCCUCAAAGCCGCAGUCGCCGGAGCGCCGCCGCCACCGCGCCGCCACCACCGCUCCGCCGCCGCCAUGAUCAUCCCCGUCCGCUGCUUCACGUGCGGCAAGAUCGUCGGCAACAAGUGGGAGGCCUACCUGGGGCUGCUGCAGGCCGAGUACACCGAGGGGGACGCCCUGGACGCGCUGGGCCUGAAGCGCUACUGCUGCCGCCGCAUGCUGCUGGCCCACGUGGACCUCAUCGAGAAGCUGCUCAACUACGCGCCCCUGGAGAAGUGAGGGGCCCCCGCGCUGAGGCCUGGCAGGCCGGGAGCACGGCCUGCCCACGGCUGUGUGC